AGAGUGCUGGCAGUAGCUACUGGAGUUCUCACAAUGGUUGGAAGAGCCACAGUGCCUGUCUGUGGGACUGAGGGUAACCACAGGGCCUGUCCUGGUAGGCUGGAGUAGCUGCAGGGCCUGUGCAGGUAUUGCAGGAGCCCUGGGCUGUGCAGAGCCCGGGCCAGCAGCUGGACGUGCUGCGGCCGCAGCGAUGGAACACGAGGAUAUCAGCUAUUACCAGGGGCAGUACAAGGAAAGGCUCCUGCCCCUGCUCAGGGAGCUCCGGGCCAAAGAGGAGGACUCCACGAACUCGUUUAUCUGCGUCCUGAAGAAGAUGAAAGAAGUGCGGCUGAUGGAGAAGGUUGUGGAAGAGACAGAGGAGGCCUUCACAGAGAGGAUGGAGGCCCUUGCUGAGAAGUGGAGGGACCUGCAUGCCAGGAGGGCCCAGCUGAAAGCCCACGUGGUGACAUCUGGGACGACAGUAAAGGAGAAUGAAAGGCUGAGAACCCAGGCUCUGAAGAAAGCCAAAGAAGAGAAAGAGGAGAAUUCAAAAAAGGAGAGUGAGCUCUUGAGGGCCAGGGAGAAACUGGAAGCUCUCAGAAAACAGCACCAGAAAUUCUCCAAAAAAUUGCUGAAGUACUCCCUGUUCAAGAGGUACCUGGAGAAUGUGGUGGAGAAUUCACAGGUGAGUUUGGACAUGGGUCCCAUGCUGCAGUUCCGGGACAUCGAGGACAUCAUCUCCUACUACAAGGCCCUGCUGAGGACACGCAAGGACCUGCUGCAGUCCCAGUGGUGGUACCGGCAGCUGAUGGAGCAGGGCAAGGUCCUGCAGCAGCAGAUCAGGGCAAAGAAGGAAGCUGAGAUGCUUCAGUGCAAGAAUGACCUGGUGCAGCUCAAAGAAUCUCUUGAGCAGGCUCAGAGCGACAUUCAGCAGUGGGUAAGGAGCUCUGGGCGGGCAGGGGAGCUCCCCAAGGCCUGGUGCAGUCAGGAGCGGCCGCUGGCUCCUCCUGCAGCCGCAGCUCGUGGCACUGCUCAGCAACAGAGCUGCUGCUGGGAGGACAUGCCUGAGCCCACUCGGGCCCACGGGGCUGCAGGAGGAGCAGGGAGAGCCCGGUGGGAGCAGGUUUGUCAUGAGGAAGAGCUGGAAGCAGGUCAGGGAUGGGCAGUGGCAAUGCUGCUGCUGUCCUUGCGCCCAGCCCUGGGCAAGGCCGCGUUCUGCCCAGCCCCGAUGAGGGUGGAACCUGGAGUCUCCGAGCUGAAGCAGCUUUGCUGGGACGUGUCUUGUGCCCCCCAGGAGGAUCACUGGGCCGAGGUCCAGGAGAGGGCUGCAGGGAAGGCCACGGAGCUGAAGUCCCUCACCAUGGCCAUCCACAGCCUCUUCCAGGCCGCCAGCGCACGGCUCCAGCCGAAGGGCAGGGUGGCAGCUGGGGACAGCCACAGGCAGCUGGACAUGGUAAAGCCAGAGCAGAGCCUGCUCCCCGCCCAGGAAAAGCAGCAGGAAUGGCUCUCCCAAGGCGAGGGGGAGCCCCCAGGCCCAACACAGCCUCCCUUCCUCCCUGGGGUCCUUGGGCAGUGGUGGAACACCAGGGAAACCUGGCCUUUCCCAGCAGCUGGAGCAGGGAGUGGGAGCCAGAUCCAGCAGUUUAUCUAUGACCUCCAGGACUUCACAGAGGACAUGAAGGAGCGCAGCCGACCUCUGUGA